CAACACUGCCCUUGAUGCCCCGAGAACUGCGAAGAAAACUGGUAAUCGUUGGAGAUCAUGAGACGGGCAAGACAAGUUUGUUCACUGCCUUUGCACUCGGUCGUUUUCCCGAAAAAUACGUUCCAAGUAUAUUUGAGGCUUUCGUAGCGGAUCGCAAAGUCAACGGCUACGAUGUUGAGUUGGCGCUGUGGGAUACUAUGGCUGGAACACCAGAUUUUGACCGUAUCAGGCCACUGAAUUACCCCGACACUCAUGUCGUUCUCCUGUGCUUUUCGGUCGAUUCCCAAGAAUCAUUUGAUGGCAUCGAAGAACAUUGGAUUAAAGAAUUACGACAUUUUCUUCCUUUCAUACCCAUUCUUCUCGUAGCAACGAAAACAGAUCUGCGUUACGACGCGCAGGUGGUCAACAAGUUAAGUCAUUCAGGUCGACACCUCAUCACUCCGGAAGAGGGGAGCAUGUUGGCUCGAAAAAUCGGAGCAACUCAUUAUUGCGAGACCUCAGCGAAGCAGAUACUUGGAGUCCAAGACACAUUUCAUCGUGCUAUGCAAGCUACCGUAAGGGAAGAAGAGUCAGGUUGUUGCCUUGUAAUGUAG